CGUAGGCUUUAUUGAAGACACGAACGCCCAGGCAACAGGUGACGCCACUGUCCUAAGAAAGUCGACUAAGGACGAUUUUUAAUUCAGCUUUAUUAUGUCAUUAUACAAAGUGUAUUCUUUGACGUGGUGAAUUGAACGAGGUUUUGACUGCUGGAGAACAACAGAGAGAGAGAACAGGAGAUGAGUUUCAAGGCGAAGCGAUGCGGAGUGCAGUUCAGUCCUCCCUCUAUAGUUUUAAUUUAUCAACACAAAGACAACAACAGUGUGCGGAAAAGAAUCAUACCUGUACGGAACUUCUCCAAAUAUUCUGACUGCAGCCUGGCAGCUGGGCUGAAGAACAACCCCCGGCACAGGGACUACCUGGACUCGGUGUCCCACCGUCAGCUGGAGAAGCUUCACAUGGUCCUGCGGGAUCACAUGAAAGGCUUCAGCCUGGAGCACAGCCUGGCCUCGUUCCACCUGGACCCAGAAGAAGACCUGAACAAACUGGACGAUAGGGAGCUGACUCGCAGGAAGGAACAAAUGGACGAACUCUUUGAGAAGAACCGUAGGCACAAAGAUGAUCCCGACUUUGUUUACGACCUGGAAAUGGAUUUUACUAAGACCAGCCAGGAAAAGUGCAGCUGGGACGAAGAGUCUGAUGACGGAUUUUAAAAGUCUGUUCUGCUGUAACUCAGACGCUUUACAUCGUAGUUCUGGUUUCCAAACGUUUCAUGAUCUGUAAAUAUGCUUUCUGGCACACUGACAGUUGAAAAAAUAAGUCUAUAUUAAAUACAAAUCAUUGGA